CCCCGGGCCUCUCCCCGGCCUCCCGCACCUGUUUUCUUCUUCGGCGCGUCCUGCGGCUGCGGGCCCGCGUGCUUGGGCUCAUGUUUCAGCAGCGGCCUGGGCGCGGCCUUGGGGCCGGCGUCGGCGCCGUGCUGCAGGGAAGAAUCAACAUUUAAAGUUUCUAAAAGGAAAUGAAACACUGCAGACAAUGGGUAAGGAAGCCUGCUGAGACCUGACUCCCACUGGUACAAACCUACCUUCAGCCGGGAUCCAGAGGAGCCAAUAACUCACAAGAAUUAUUGCCAUAGUAAUGGUCCUGGGACAGCAGAACCAGCCAGCAGACUGAAGCCCAGGCACCACAGCCAUCACCUGGGGGACCAAUGCACCAAGCAGGUCCACUACCUUGCAGCAUCAAUGUGAGGCCUGAUCUACGUUACGUAUGGCGUGGCCUUCAUGCUAGUGAAAUCGAUCAGCCAUUGGAGCGUAUCUUGUUCAGGACUGUCAGAUCAGAGAGAGUUGGAGACGAUGCUCAAGUACCACCGAAGCCUGGUCUACACUACAAAGUUAGGUCGACAGAAGCUGCCUUGCAUCAACUUCAUUGUGCAUGUGUCUACACUUAAAUUUGUCUCCCACGGAUGUGAGCACCCCGUUACAUAAUCCAUGCUGAAGAGGCCCCAUUCAUACAGAUGAACCAAGGGUUGAGGCAGCUCUUUCAACCCAGAUAGUCAGUCGGCUAACUGCCCAGCAGGAUGCCAUCAACCAGCCGAGCGGGCAGCCUGAAGGACCCAGAAAUUGCAGAGCUCUUCUUUAAAGAAGAUCCAGAAAAACUCUUCACAGAUCUCCGAGAGAUUGGUCAUGGAAGCUUUGGAGCAGUUUAUUUUGCACGUGAUGUGCGCACCAAUGAAGUGGUGGCCAUCAAGAAAAUGUCAUAUAGUGGGAAGCAAUCCAAUGAGAAAUGGCAGGAUAUUAUUAAGGAAGUCAAGUUCCUACAAAGAAUAAAGCAUCCUAACAGUAUAGAAUACAAAGGCUGCUAUUUGCGUGAACAUACAGCAUGGCUUGUUAUGGAAUAUUGUUUAGGAUCGGCAUCAGACUUACUAGAAGUUCAUAAAAAGCCAUUGCAAGAGGUGGAAAUAGCAGCAAUUACCCAUGGUGCUCUCCAGGGACUAGCAUACUUACAUUCUCACAAUAUGAUCCAUCGAGAUAUCAAGGCAGGAAACAUCCUGCUGACAGAGCCAGGCCAGGUGAAGCUUGCUGACUUUGGAUCUGCUUCCAUAGCCUCUCCUGCCAAUUCGUUUGUGGGGACGCCAUAUUGGAUGGCCCCAGAAGUAAUUUUAGCCAUGGAUGAAGGGCAGUAUGAUGGCAAAGUAGAUGUUUGGUCUCUUGGAAUAACAUGUAUUGAGUUAGCGGAAAGGAAGCCUCCUUUGUUUAAUAUGAACGCAAUGAGUGCCUUAUAUCACAUAGCGCAGAAUGAAUCCCCUACACUACAGUCUAAUGAAUGGUCUGAUUAUUUUCGAAACUUCGUAGAUUCUUGCCUCCAGAAAAUUCCUCAAGACAGGCCUACAUCAGAGGAGCUUCUGAAGCACAUGUUUGUUCUUCGGGAGCGGCCUGAAACAGUGUUAAUAGACCUGAUCCAGAGAACAAAGGAUGCAGUGAGAGAACUGGACAAUCUGCAGUAUCGCAAAAUGAAGAAACUCCUUUUCCAGGAGGCACACAAUGGGCCUGCAGUAGAAGCACAGGAAGAGGAGGAGGAGCAAGACCAUGGCGUUGGCAGGACAGGAACAGUGAACAGUGUUGGAAGUAAUCAGUCCAUUCCCAGUAUGUCCAUCAGUGCCAGUAGCCAAAGCAGUAGUGUUAACAGUCUUCCAGAUGCCUCUGAUGACAAGAGUGAGCUCGACAUGAUGGAAGGGGACCACACCGUGAUGUCAAAUAGCUCUGUCAUCCAUGUAAAGCCUGAGGAAGAAAAUUACAGAGAAGAGUCUGAUUCUAGAACAAGGACAUCAGAACCACAGUCUCCACCCCAAGUAUCUCGCCACAAGUCACAUUACCGCAAUCGAGAGCACUUUGCUACUAUACGCACAGCAUCACUGGUGACAAGGCAAAUGCAGGAACAUGAACAAGACUCUGAGCUCCGAGAACAGAUGUCUGGCUAUAAACGCAUGAGACGGCAGCACCAGAAACAGCUGAUGGCACUGGAGAACAAACUGAAGGCAGAGAUGGAUGAGCAUCGCCUCAGGUUGGACAAAGAUCUUGAAACGCAGCGCAAUAACUUUGCUGCAGAAAUGGAAAAGCUAAUUAAAAAACACCAAGCAGCCAUGGAGAAGGAGGCUAAAGUGAUGGCCAAUGAAGAAAAGAAAUUUCAACAACAUAUUCAGGCCCAGCAAAAGAAAGAACUGAACAGCUUCCUGGAGUCCCAGAAGAGAGAAUACAAGCUCCGUAAAGAACAGCUCAAAGAGGAGCUGAAUGAAAACCAGAGCACUCCAAAGAAGGAGAAGCAGGAGUGGCUCUCCAAACAGAAGGAGAACAUUCAGCAUUUCCAGGCAGAGGAGGAGGCCAACUUGCUGCGGCGCCAGAGACAGUAUUUGGAGCUGGAGUGCCGUCGCUUUAAGAGACGAAUGCUUCUCGGGCGCCAUAACCUGGAACAGGACUUAGUUCGGGAGGAGUUAAAUAAAAGGCAGACGCAGAAGGAUCUGGAGCACGCCAUGUUGCUGCGACAGCAUGAGUCUAUGCAAGAACUGGAGUUCCGCCAUCUCAAUACCAUCCAGAAGAUGCGUUGCGAGCUGAUCAGGCUUCAGCACCAAACUGAGCUCACAAACCAGCUGGAAUACAACAAGCGACGAGAGCGUGAGCUAAGGCGUAAGCAUGUCAUGGAAGUUCGACAGCAGCCUAAGAGUCUGAAGUCUAAAGAACUACAAAUAAAGAAGCAGUUUCAGGACACAUGCAAGAUCCAAACCAGACAGUACAAAGCACUGAGAAACCACCUGCUGGAGACCACACCAAAGAGUGAACACAAAGCUGUCCUGAAACGGCUCAAGGAAGAGCAGACCCGGAAACUUGCCAUCCUAGCUGAGCAGUAUGAUCACAGCAUCAAUGAAAUGCUCUCAACACAAGCUCUGCGUUUGGAUGAGGCGCAGGAAGCGGAGUGCCAGGUUUUGAAGAUGCAGCUGCAGCAAGAAUUGGAGCUGCUGAACGCGUAUCAGAGUAAAAUCAAAAUGCAGGCUGAGGCCCAGCAUGAUCGGGAGUUGCGUGAACUGGAACAGAGGGUGUCCCUUCGCAGGGCCCUCCUGGAGCAGAAGAUUGAGGAGGAGAUGCUGGCGUUGCAGAAUGAGCGCACCGAACGGAUACGAAGCCUGCUGGAGCGUCAAGCCCGCGAGAUUGAAGCCUUUGAUUCAGAAAGCAUGAGGCUAGGUUUCAGUAACAUGGUUCUGUCUAAUCUCUCCCCCGAGGCGUUCAGCCACAGCUACCCGGGAGCUUCUGGCUGGUCCCACAAUCCUACUGGGGGUGCGGGACCUCACUGGGGUCAUCCCAUGGGUGGCCCACCACAAGCUUGGGGCCAUCCAAUGCAAGGUGGACCCCAGCCAUGGGGUCACCCCUCAGGGCCCAUGCAAGGGGUACCUCGAGGUAGUGCUAUAGGGGUCCGCAAUAGCCCCCAGGCUCUGAGGCGGACUGCUUCUGGGGGACGGACGGAGCAGGGCAUGAGCAGGAGCACAAGUGUUACUUCACAAAUAUCCAAUGGUUCACACAUGUCUUAUACAUAACUUAAACAGGAACUGCGGGUGGCAAUUCCACCAGAGCUGUCUGCCAACAGAAACUGCCUACAGAUACAUCCCAGCAGCCUCCUCAGUGUGGGACUGCAGCGCAAUGCUGGGUGACCAUGGAGUAUUGUAUUCAUUUUGUAAAGCACUCUGUUUUGUGUCUACUAACUGGGAUGUCAUAGUAUUUGGCUGCAGGGUUUGUUUUUUUAAUUUUUAUGUUUUGGGGGGGCCUGGGGUGGGGAUCUAAGACAUAUGCAACUAGUCAGAGAAGUUGGCUGUCGGUUAUGGCAUUGAAGCUGCACAAGGGCUCAGACUGCUUUAACCACCCGCUCCCUACAGAGUGGUGGGAAGAGUUCAAACCUUCUCUAAUGUCCAAACCUCUUACCAGCCACCUGAGCAGACCAGGUGGGCUGAAAAUAAGUCACUAUCUGGCAGAGAAGCAGCUGUGUUUUCUGCCCAUUGUUUAUCAUGAAAUUGGCCACAUCUCUAGGUGUAGCCUCAGGAAGAGAGGAAUUAAAGGAACUGUAGGUGAAGUAGAGGGGCAAGAGGAAAGGCUUUGCUUGCUGAGAUGACAGGGAUCAACACAGACCCUUGCCACCCAAGUGCAUACUCUCUAUUGCAGUAUGAGGUGAGCUUUCUCCAAGGGCAUAGGUCAGCUUCCUGGGCACCACACUGGUAGAUGUGUGUGCAGGGGGAGGGCUGGAAAUGUUUAAAAUCCAGCUUAGCAUCUUUGCACUCCCCUGGCUGUGCUGGUGGCAGGGGUGUCAUGCUUUGGAGGAGGUUGGGAAGAAGAGCAUAAAUAAUAAAAGAGUACUUGUAUGGCUAAUACUGUGACAUCUCACCUUAGCUAAGCAUCAGAAUAAUUUGUGGAGCCCUAAAUAGUUCUUUUGCUCUGUUCUUCAGAAACCUUGGACUUACAGCCAAUCAAUCUGAAAUGCCAGAGGUAUUUUGAAAGAUGCCAUAGUCACAAAAUGCCAUUGAUCGGGGUUUUCAUUACUACACUACGUACACCAAUUUAUUACCUUUUGGCUUGUUGCAAUUUCCUGUUUACACGUUGAGCGUAGCCAACUGUUUCAAUGUUUAGUUGCCAUAGUGUACCAGGAGGAGCUGAGCCAAUGGCUCUUUACCAGCUGCUGACUAACCUGCAUCACCACUGUAGAUCUUGCUGCAUGUGAGGCUCCUUUGUAUUAUUUUGGUUGCCGCAGUACUUUACAACUUUACAGGCCAUUGAGACUUUGUGAUCAUUUGGCAGCAUGUCACACCACAUGUAGGAAGCACUAUUUCCAGAUGGCUCUUAUCAGAGCUGCUGUACUACUGAAAGGGAGCAAAAGAGGUUGGGGAGUAAAUUAAAAAAAAUUAAAUUAAAAAGGUCAGAGAGUCUGAAAAUAAAUGGAAUGACUUUUGUGGCUACGUCUCAACCCUUAAUGUGUUGUGAAAGACUAGUACCAGUGGUGGGGAGUUCUGGGCAGGUCAGCACCAUGAGAUUCAGAUGAGAAUAGGUAGAUUAAGCUUGGGUUGCGGUAAAGAUUUUCUUCCUGGGGACUGACCAGCCAGAAUUCUUUGUAAAUUACUUUCCUUGCACACUAAUCAUCUUGAAGAAAACACUAGCUGCUAACUCUAGGAUUUGCGUUUAACAUGUUCAUAGGGCUCACAAGCAGGGUUUUCCGAAUGUGUUUGUCCAUGUGACAUAUUUAUAUAGAAAUACUCCAGUGUCUCGCUGCUGUUCAGUUUUCUCAACAGUGUGACAUUCUUUUGUUAACUAAAUUAAAAUCCACUCCAGAUCCUUAACUCUUAGCCAAUGUCUGGUGAAUCCAAACUUCAGGAUUUCCAGUGUCUCGGUAUAUCAUAUCACUCGGAACAAAGAUGGACGUGAUACCAAAAUACGUUUGAUUAACCCUUUGGCAGGGCCUGGUAGUAUUAACCGUGUUCGCAGAAGUUUGGGAUGAGGCGGUGGAGCCACUGGGGAAUACGCCCGUUGGUUACCCUGUAGGACAGGUAUGUUCGGGACAAAGAUGAACUCUCUGACUUCUUAUUCCCCUUGAGACGCAUCUCUGUGUGGGAUGGAUGUUUUCUCUUCUAGCUGUUCUUUUGCAUUAAAAUGUUCAAAUGAAAUUAAGGAAAAUCACCUUCAUUUUCCUGUUUUAAGAAAAAAAAAAUCAAAAGCCAAACACCUAUGUUGGAUCUUACCACCUUGGGUUGGAGGGUGUAUCCACAGCAUGGUGCUAAUAUGCAAUGUUUAGGGGUUCUCACCUACUCAUAAUUCCAGACAGCAGCAGUGAUGGGCACUGUACUUCAAAAUUCAGGGGUUUCAUUCUUUUGCUUCUGUUAUGGUUUGAAUUUGGCCAAAGUCUCUGGCUUAAAUUGAGCUACUUCAAGAAGAGUUCCCUCUCAAACCAUCUCUUUGUGUAAUGUAAAGCAUGACUAAAUGCUGGACCCAAAUGAUGUCUAUCACAUAUUGGCUUUUUUGUAUCCAAAAGAAUUGUGUAGUAACCAUUUUUACAUGUAUAUCAUGUGCAGACCUGGACUAUUCCAAUGAGUUAAUAUUUUAAUUAAAAUAGUUUGCAAAAACUGA